GUACUGUUGUUCACACCAGUGUCCAGUGAUCUUGCCCAGGCCAACAUGAAAGCUAUGAAGGAGUCUCAAUCUGCCAAUAGGCCAAUUUUACGCAAGGCAUCUUCACUGGCUGUUCCUCAGUUUGUUGAUGAAAUACGGUGGAUGAAGUUGCGUAAAAUUGACCUAAUGACUGCGGAUGGAUUGCCUCCAUUGCCUAUGCAGCUCUCCUGGGUUCGAGAUGGUAUUUUGGUUGUGGGAAUGGAUAGUGAGAUGCAUGUCUAUUCCCAAUGGAAACCGAGUGUGAAUGGAGAACAGGUUAGAGGAGCAUUGGCACCCCAAGAAUCAGAAGAAUUGCCUGAUUCACGGAACCUUCGAGAUGAAGACCUCCGUAGUCUUGUGCAAGAGACUUCUCAAAGGCGCAUGGCUACUGUCAGCUCAAUGCCUCAUCUUUCUCGUGUAUCUUCAAUCAAUUUGACCAUGUUAGACAGCAAGAAGAAGCGUGGUGCAAUUGUACAAGCUGAAACUCCUAGCGUUGACUACAUGCCUGAUUAUGGUCUUUUUGAGGCCAGUCGUAUUGCAUGCCCUGUUCUGCCACAGUAUCACCCUAAGCAACUCAUGGAAUUGCUUAACUCUGGAAAGAUUCGUUGGGUUAAGGCUAUCCUUGCACAUCUUGUGAGAUGCAUCUCUGGAACCUGUAAUGUGCGACAAGGUACAUUGGUUCAAGGUGGCACAGAUGAAGAGAACUUGGUUCGUCAAAGAGGCUGGUCCCGGUCGAGAACCUUGUCUGUGAGCUAUGUGGGUGCUGGCACAAACAGCCCUUUGGAGCAAAGAGGCUCUACCACUGCCAUUCCUGAGGAAGUGACAUUGGACUAUGCUGAGAUUAGCUCUGUACCACCACUUCCUUUGUGGACUCUCCUUGCAGCAGACCGAGAACCUGCUGGAGCUGCAGCGCAAAACAGUGAAGAAGCUCAAGACUAUAAUGAUCUGUUUGAUGGUAAUGUGGCUGAUGCAGAUGAAUCAUUAGAUGACCUCCUAGUAGAUGAACCCGACUCACCCAGACGACAUGACAGGCGCGUGUCUCUGAGCCAGGAGCGUCAAGGACUUUCCCACUUUGGUCCAAGACAGGGGCGUGUUCUGUCUCGACUUUUAACACACACUCAUCUACCAGGGCUGUCCAGUUUGGAUCAGAUGCAUUUGUUAGCCCUUGCUGACACAGUUUCUACCUGUAAUUCUGAUUUUGCUGAGCGAUUUGCAAUUGAUGCUGCCAAGACUGCUAUAGCAAAGGAAAACCUUUCUGGAGUACCAGAAGGAGAAGACAUCUCCACAGAUUCUUUAGAUGACUGUGGGCUCCGGUACCUUCUGGCCAUGAAGCAUUACAGCUACCUACUGCGUUGCCUACCCUUGGCUCAACGAGCACAUUUCCAGCGCCAGGGUGUUGGUACCAACAACCUAGUGUGGGCAUUUCACUCUGAGAGUGAGGAGGAGUUGCUUGCUCUCAUCCCGUCAUAUGCCAAAGGCUCCCCUAAGUGGGCUCAAGUGAAGGAAUUGGGUGUUGGCUGGUGGUUGCGCUCUCACACUCUUCUGAAGACUUGUAUUGAGAAGAUAGCAAAAGCAUCCUACAUGGUUCGACAAGACCCAUUGGAUGCAGCAAUAUUUUACCUAGCUAUGAAGAAGAAGAGUUUAGUGUGGGGUCUAUUCCGUUCAAAGCGAGAUGAGCGAAUGACUUCUUUCUUUUCCAACAACUUCAAUGAGGACCGCUGGAGAAAGGCUGCCUUGAAGAAUGCUUUUGCCCUACUGGGAAAGCAACGGUUCGAGCAUGCUGCUGCCUUUUUUCUCCUGGCUGGUGCUCUGAGGGAUGCAAUUGAGCUAGCGAUGGUAAUUGCACGCUUGUAUGAAGGAGAAAGAGAUCCCACUCCACCUAGUUUGCGGCGAUUGCUUUGGGAGGAAAUUUUGGGAUGUGAUGCAGAAGGUAAUAAUCAGCAACAAGACCGAGCUCACCCUGACCCAUUUUUGCGCUCCAUGGCUCUGUGGAUUUUAAAGGAUUAUUCUGGUAGCCUCAACACACUGCUCCAGACAAAUGUUGGUUGUGCACACCCCCAGUACAAUGAUGAAGAUAAACCAGAAGCAACAUCUGCAAAUCCAAAUGUUUUCAACUUCUAUGUGUAUCUGCGAACUCACCCCUUACUGGUGAGACAGUACAUUGCAACUACAGCUCAGGGACGGCGCACAGGGCCAUCACUUGUUUUGGCUGGGUUUAGUUAUGGUUCAGAUGCACGGGCAUCAGAUAAGCAGCUGAUGCUAGAGGACUCCAUUACUCCACUAGAGAGGCAACUAUACUUCACUACUGCUCAUGCACAUUUCAAAGCUGGUUGCCCGGCUCUGGCCUUGGAAGUACUGUCAAAGCUACCUGGCAAGGUGUUGGAAUCAAGUGGAAGUGGCUCCCCC